AUGCUGAAGUCCACCCCAUUAGGACCGCUUAUAAGGGAGGCAGCUCUGGAACCAGCAGAGGCCCUAUUAGAUAGUAAACAGCGGCGGUAUGCCCUGAGACUCCUAGGACUUCCCCAGGGGCAUCCAGCAGCAGAAAUACUCCCCAUAACGCUUAGGGAGGGAGACGCCCAUGCACAGCCUGGAGAGCAGCCGCUAGAAGACCGAGCUUGGGCAACACCAACCCGCCGAGGCCCCUGGAAGCUGGGCAUGGGCCUGGCCCGCAGGCUACGAGAGGCCUUGACCGCCGACCCCUCCCAGGGCUUUGAGCGUACAAUAGAGCCUGGUAAUAGGUCUAUACCACUAGAUUUCAGGAUAGACUCCCCUGAAACCGCUAUGCAAUUAGCCUCAGACCCCCUAAGUGGGAUAGGGAACACUGACCUUUACUCAGACGGUUCCAGAGCUGCCAGGGCCAACUGGCUUGCUGCAAAGCUUGCAAAGCGUGCCCAGCGGGCAAGCCAGGCCUACUAUCCCCCCCGGGGAUGGAAGCUUGACCCAAUGUUGGCGAACACCCCCAAGCACCUAGCGCGGCGAUAUUACCAGUUCAAGACUGGCCACGCACCAAUUGGGGCCUAUUUGCACCGAAUUAAGGCCCGAGACUUCCCUAAUUGCUUGGGGUGCUCUAGGGGGACUGAGACGGUAAGACACCUUCUUACAAACUGUCGACAGUGGUGCCACCAGCGGGAAAAACUAUAUGCCGGCUUGGCCGAAGCGGGGGUAAAGGCCCUGCAGGAUAGCGAGCAGUGCCCCGAAGCACGCCUAUUCCAGGACCCAAAGGCCACUACAGCGCUGCUGGCGUUUAUAGGGGCCAUUAGGGAGCGAGAGGAUAACCAACAGGCCUGGGAGCAGGCCUAUAAGACUGAUAAUUGGGGCAUUGAGGCCCUGGAUGAGGGAGAGCGAGAGGGGGAAGGAUAG